AUGUCUCUGCCCGUGCCUGCUUCCUCGAGCAGGUCGCAGUCUCGAUUCCGACGGCGGCCUGCCACCCCGACCCUGACCAAACGUGAUCUCACAGGAACAGCCGGUCAAGCAUCAUGGAUAAGCAGCGUCGUCAAUCUCCUCAACACCAUCGUUGGCGCCGGGGUCCUCGCCAUGCCUCUCGCUAUGUCACAUAUGGGGGUCGUGUUGGGAACAAUCGUGAUACUAUGGGCUGGGGCCACCUCCGGGUUCGGCCUCUACCUGCAAACUCGCUGCGCCGCAUACCUGGAAAGAGGAUCCUCGAGUUUUUUUGCUCUGUCUCAGAUCACAUACCCAAAUGCGGCGGUCAUCUUUGACGCCGCUAUUGCGAUAAAAUGCUUUGGAGUGGGAGUCAGUUAUCUAAUAAUCAUUGGCGACCUGAUGCCGAGUGUCGUUCGAGGCUUUGCUCGUGAAGAGGACCUGGGCCAGUUCAUGUUUGACCGUCAUUUCUGGGUGACGGCGUUCAUGCUGGUCGUCAUUCCAUUCUCUUUCCUCCGCCGGCUCGACUCGUUGAAAUACACUUCUGUGAUCGCAUUGAUCUCAAUCGGUUACCUGGUCAUCCUGGUCGUCUACCACUUUGCAGCACACGACACCUUACCCGAUGGACGCUACCAGACUCAGCUACGAAUAUUCAAAUGGGCAGGCCCCAUCCCGGCGCUUUCUUCCUUCCCCGUCAUCGUGUUCGCCUAUACUUGUCAUCAAAACAUGUUCAGCAUCCUCAACGAGAUCAGCGACAAUUCCCAUUUUCGCACCAGCGCUGUGGUAUUCGCAUCCAACGGCACCGCUGCGUCCAUUUACAUUCUUGUUGCGAUUACCGGCUAUCUGUCAUUUGGAAAUGAGAUUGGAGGAAAUAUUGUGGCGCAAUAUGCGCCCUCGGUGUCUACAACGAUCGGUCAAGCCAUGAUCGUGGUCCUCGUCAUGUUCUCCUACCCUCUUCAAGUUCACCCCUGCCGAGCUAGUGUUGACGCAGUUCUCAAAUGGCGUCCUUCCGACAAAUUGAAAGCGAAACUCCGCUCCACGCCCGCUACACCCAGCUCGCUCGACUCCAGCCCUCCACGCGACGUCCCUCUCUUACAACCUGGCAAAAAGCGGAACACGGAGAUGAGCGAGGUUCGAUUCGCUGCUAUUACCACCGUGAUCAUCAUCCUCAGCUAUAUUGUCGCCAUGACCGUGUCCAGCCUCGAAGCUGUGCUGGCAUAUGUCGGUUCAACGGGAAGCACAUCCAUCUCUUUUAUCCUUCCGGGCUUGUUCUACUAUAAAAUAUCCUCGCCCAAUUCGCCUUUGCAUCAAAAACUCGUGAAAGAGGAAGACGACUACGACUGGCAAGGAGGCGAUGAUGAAAGCGACAAGUCUGAUGAUGACGCCGUUAAUGAUGAACAACAAAACCACGAAGGGCAAAAUUUGCUGAGCAAUUCGGGGAUUUUGAGCAUCAGCGGUAUGAGCUUGUUGAAACGAACGAGGCAUUUCCGCCGAAAGAUGCUUCGCAAGCUGAGUCUCGCGUUGGCGAUAUACGGUAUAUGCGUCAUGGUGGUUUGUUUGAUCACGAACACCUUUUUCAUUGUUGCGCACUGA